GUUGCGGGGUUUGUGCGUUUGUCUCGCAUGAUGUUCGAUUGACCGGAUUCAUACAUUGAUGCCUUCUGCUCCCGCAUCACCAAUGGUAGGGACGAAGGGAUCCACAAGCGGCUCUAGAACCAGCGGCACAAAGACGCUAGCUGACUCUGGCCGCUCCCAGAUAGAGCCGCUGAAAGUGAAACUGGGUGAUACCUUCACAGCUCAGAAGCCCGCCUUUGGGGGGAGGUCCUUCUCUGGUCUUCCUGAGUUUGCAGCGCAGGAAGCUGGAUGGAACGACCGGCACCAUGUCUUGCACGCUGCUGCAAACGACAAGUUCCAUGAAUCCGACAAGGAGUACUUCUCCAUUUUUUUGGAACCGCGCGACAAGCGAGUAGUGCCGAAGAGACAGAACGGCAUCACCAGGCAUUUCUUUCCUUACAGGCUUCCUGGAGAGCCAGACGGCCGGGGACUGGACUUAAAGUCAGAGUCAAUGUGUUGAGUGGUAGAAUGUGAAGUACAGGUUGGGGUGGCUAGGAGCGCUAGGAAGCCGAUUUUUCAGACAUCGCGGCCUCAAUACUUUCAGAAACAGAGCUCAGUCAGUAGCCUGACUCAAUAGCGCUCAAUAGGUUGUUCGGUCCGGAAGACAAUCCACUAAAGAGCUAGUAAGUCAGAAGCCCCAUACCCAUACGUAUCUGGCUUGCAUUGCGUUACCUUAUGCCUUACCCAACACCAAUCCUGUGAUUGCCAUUGUCAGCCGAAUUUGAUCGAAGUAUAUCAUUGGUACGACAUGCAGCUGUGUUCAGGCUGUCGAAGCAGGCAGGACUAAGACUUUGGAAGUUUGUGGACGGUUUGCAGCCUGUGCGGAAGCUGAGGUAGAGAUGACCCAGAGACGCCAGCUGAGAUGAUGUUGAAGGCAGAUGACACAGUUCGAGUGCCAGAAGUGCCAGGCAGUCUCCUUUUGCAGCUCGCAUCGUCCAUGUGAGCGAAAGCGGACUGCAAUGAUUACCUGAUUACCGAUUGCACGAGCAGUCGGACUGCGAUUUGAUUUCUUUCAAGAAGAGGUCAAGUCUCAGAGCGGCUCUCGAUUCUGGUCCAACUUUGCAGCUGCAAC